AUGUCCAGCGCCGUCUCUCCAAAUGGCGCUUCCACGUUGCGGCCGCGCGCCGUUCCCCUCCAAUCCGAGAAAUCCGACAAGAGCCUCACCCCGCCAACCUCACAGAUUGGUCAGGAUUUAAGAUGCUCCCCCUCAGCGCAUUCAAUCUCAACUGCCCGUAAACAAGUACGAGCUCGAAACCGUCUCUUCUAUACAAUUGACUAUGUACCCCGAGUAUCCCAUUUCGAUCCGGAUAGCGAUUAUCAUAACUUCCGCGGAUUCUUCAUACUCUUCUGGAUCUCACUUGUCAUCAUGGUCGUUACCACCGUGCUACGCAAUAUCAAGGAUACCGGAUACCCGCUGCGCGUACAAGUAUGGAGUUUGCUGAGUGCUAAUGUAUGGGAAUUGGGUUUAAGUGAUGCUGCUAUGGUUGUGAGCUCAUGCCUUGUCCUACCAUUGCACCGGAUCUACCGCAGCGGCCCACGCUGGCUGCAAUGGUCACAUGGAGGAAUGGUUGUACAGAGCAUUGGAGAGGCCAUUUGGCUAGCCACUUGGAUAAAUUGGCCGUUUAUGCGUCUUUGGACUUGGACCGCCCAGGUCUUCUUCACUCUUCAUGUUCUGACCAUCCUCAUGAAGCUGCAUUCUUAUGCCUUCUAUAACGGUCAUCUCAGCACGACCGAGCGUCGCCUUGCAGAUCUCGACAAAGCAGGCGAUGUAGCUCCCAACUCACCCCAGGCAGUCCAUUACCCGGAACCGCAACACCGCCGCCCGUCCAUGAAGCAUCUUUCCGACGAUCUCCUUCCCACAGAGCCUCUUAUCCGUCUGCGUGAGGAUCUAGCUACAGAGCUGACUUCCCCUCUGGGUAACAUCUCGUACCCACAGAAUCUCCACAUUGGAAACUAUGUGGACUUCCUCUUUUGUCCCACUCUCUGCUACGAGCUCGAGUACCCGCGCCGACGAGAGCGCCGCUGGUCCGAAAUCGCCUACAAAACUGCAGCGGUCUUUGGGUGCAUUUUCCUCCUCACUCUCACCAGCGAAGAAUUUAUUGUUCCUGUCUUGAACGAGGCGAAUAAUCAGCUCCAAUUAUCCCCGAAUAUUACCGACAAAGCACUCAUUCUCGCUGAAACUAUUAGCAUGCUCUUAUUCCCAUUCAUGUUGACUUUCUUAUUGGUCUUCCUGGUUAUAUUUGAAUACGUACUUGGUGCAUUUGCAGAGUUGACCCGUUUCGCCGACCGACACUUUUACUCAGACUGGUGGAAUUCGUGCGACUGGCUUGAAUUCUCUCGAGAAUGGAACAGACCUGUUCACCACUUCCUUUUCCGUCAUGUCUACUUUCCCUCUCGAUCGAACUUUUCCCAGCCUAUUGCCAUGUUCAUUACAUUCGUGAUCAGCGCUAUUUUCCAUGAACUGGUGAUGAGCUGCAUUACCAAGAAGCUGCGCGGUUAUGGAUUCAUGGCUAUGAUGCUCCAGCUACCUAUCGUUGCCGUACAGAAGUCCCGUUUCUUCAGAGGCCGGACUACUCUGAACAACGUCUUCUUUUGGUUUUCGAUGAUUUUGGGACUGUCGAUGAUGUGUGUACUAUACGUCUUAGUUUGA